UGCGUUAUCAAAAUCAGGGUGUGCCAUGAGCAGCAGCAGUCAAGCAACGAGUCCAUCGCCGCUGGCCAACACAGUGCCACGCAUCGAUCUUUCCAAGCCGAGAUACUCGCAGGAUACGUACUGGGGUCGCGUGCGGCACUUUGUUGAGCUGACCGACCCGCGAACGCUGCUGGCGUCGACGGCUGAGCUGCAGAGCGCGGCCGAGCUCGUGCGCACGUACCGUGAAGGAAAGCCGGUUGCCGCUACCACCACUGUGGACGAUCUGUGGCGCGCCAAGCAAUUGGUGGACGCAAGCAUUCACCCAGACACUCAGAAACCAAUUCUGCUGCCAUUCCGCAUGGCCAGCUUUGUCCCAACCAAUCUGAUUGUGACUACUGGUCUUCUGAUUCCGAAUGCCACUGUUGCACAAACCAUCUUUUGGCAAUGGACCAACCAGAGCAUCAACGUUGCUUUCAACUAUUGCAACGCAAACAAGACCACCCCGAUGACCAACGCUGAAAUGGGAGGGGCCUAUGCCGCUGCCACCGCGACUUCGUGUGCCGUCGCUCUGUCACUCAAAAAAGUUGUGCAGAAUUCGGCCAAAUUCUCCCCGGUUGUCGCUUCGACCAUUCGACUCUUCAUUCCAUACACUGCAGUCGCGCUGGCAGGUGCCGUCAACGUGUUUUUGAUGCGUUCCAAGGAGCUACGGUCUGGAAUCACAGUGUUUGACGAAAGUGGCAACGAACAUGGAACCUCGCCUGCAGCUGGGUUCCGAGCCGUGUCUCAAGUCGCCGUCUCGCGCAUGGCCACCGCUCUGCCUUCGUUGACUCUUCCUCCGCUGUUGUUGGCGCUCAUCAACCGCUAUUCGAACAACCUUCUCGAGCGCAGGCCCCGCUUGGUGCUACCCGUCAAUCUCGCGCUCAUUUCGUGUGUUGGACUGACAACACUUCCUUUUGCCAUCGCGCUCUUCCCGCAACGUGCUUCCGUCGAUGCCGCGCAGUUGGAGCCAGAAUUCCGCAACAAAAUCAACCCAACCACUGGCCAACCGGUGCACCAGUUUAUCUACAAUCGCGGGUUGUAGUUUGCUUGUGUUCCUGGGUGAACCAGGCUUUCUUCCGCUCUUCCUUGAUAUCCUGAAGAGCGUUGACGGAUGUCUGUUUUACCGACGUUGCCAUCGUUCAUUCAUUCAUGUUUGCCAUAAAAAGGUCAACGCUG